AUGUUGCGGCUGCCCUCAGGUUUCUAUCUAUAUCUUCGCCUGUUUUAUCUAAAAGCCUAUCGGAACGAACAUGCGGACAGAGCGUUUCAGCUCAAUAUUCUCCAUUUCGACUACCGUCAAUUUACACCGCCCAGUGCUGCCUCUUCAUAUGUAUUCCGAUACUACAAUGUUCUGUACAAUUCCGCUGUCAUUUUCCCGGCGGAAAGUGAGGAAUACGAACCUGACUACGACACGUUCAACAGAAUUUUGCAGAUGCCUGGAAAAGUGGUGCUUGGGUAA